AUGUCACUUCGCACAUUCACUGUCUUUCAAGAUGCCCCUUCAACCGAAACGACCAAACCUAAAGUCACCCGGCCAACGGCAAUGGCUAUCCGAUCGUCAUCGCUAAAUCAGGCGACCAUCACCUCUUCCAAUUCACUCGUCGACGUCACAGAGGUCAUCGACAAGGAAAAUUAUCACCCCGUCACCGGCGAGCGGGCUGGCCCCGGCUCCAACACCACCGCCAAGAAGCGCAAGACGAACGUGCUCGCGACAAAAGUUCAUACAUCUGCUGGCUCCGCUGGGAAAAAGCAAAAGGACUCCUCACACACUGAAACGAAGAAGCGUAAGGCUUCUUCCUCCAGCACUAUCAAGGCAAAGGUGGCACCGAAGAGGGAUGGUAAAGUCAAGAAGACUUACGCCAAGAAGCCCCCCUCUCGUCAGGUGUCACCCAUGCCCAAGGUUAGUGAGGAGGAGGAACAGGUUGUCGUGGACAAGAGGCCCGAUCAUCCCACCCAGGCUGACAUCGACUCGCGCUGCUACGAGUUGACUGUGAAGCCUCUUGCGGAUGUUUCUGAGGCCUAUGAGCAAGUCGUUGAUAAUGGGGCCUUGGGUGAAUCGGAUGCAAAACUCAAAUUCAGCUCAGUCAAGGAAUCCUCUGCUGAACCUGAGAUCCGCGAUUACUUUUCGCCAACGUUGUCAACGUCGACGUCGUCCCGUCCCCGCGCCGCAUCAGAGGAGCCUCGUGCAUUCUCUACCCCCGAACGCAAACGAAUUUAUGUUGCAUUCACGUUCUCCUCGCCCUCACCCACGAGCACUCGUUUCCGUCAGGUUUACUCAAGGAGCGUGUCGCCGGAAUAA